AUGGCUCAAGUGGGUUCUCUCUGCUCCGAAAUGGAGACACUGAACCAUGCUCUUUCCCUGGUGGAGGCAUUCAGAGCAUUCGACGCGGACAACGAUGGGAGAAUCACGAAGGCAGAGCUAGGAGGAAUCUUGGGGUCACUGGGGUACAACGCUAGCGAGCAAGAAGUGAGGGCAAUGAUGCAAGAAGGUGACAAGAACAAAGAUGGGUUACUAAGCAUACACGAGUUCUUGGAGAUGAACACCAGGGAAUUGGACGGUGGGAAUCUCGCGAGCACGCUCAGCACAGCAUACGAAGCUUUGGAUGUAGAUGGGAACGAGAUUCUGACCGGGGAAGAGCUUCAUGGGGUCAUGCAAAACUUGGGUCUAGACUUGUCCCUAGAGAACUGUAUGCAUCUUGUUGCUUCUCUUGAUUCAGAUGGAGAUGGAGCUGUGAGCUUGGAUGAAUUCAGACUCAUAGUUGAUUCCCUCCUCUGA